AUGCGUAGGCAGUUUGGCGAAAAUGAGCUGAUUGCAUCAAGAGUCCACGAGACCUUUGUGCGAUACCUGCUCGAUAAGUAUCCGGAGAGGGACGGUAUCACGUACGAAAAGAUCAACGCAUACAUCAUGAGCGCCAAGGAAGUUAACGUGGACAAUCUUCUUACAGUUGCACUGGACUACAUCUUUCGCAACUUCAGUGAACUUUAUCAUUCGGUUUGCGAUGCGGUUGAGGCAGCGCGAGAUAGGGGUCCCAUGAGAUGGACGCCCGAUCAUUUGGUUGAACGACUCGAGAGGAUUCCACCAAUCCAGAACCGUAAAGACAUGGACAGUACGCCGACGCAUACUCGACUCGCGCAUAUGUACGAUGUGGAAGCAUUUGUCGAAGGGUUCCGCAACGCAGAGCUCAAUGUUGCGUGCGUUGUGGACAUGAUGAAGGACGGUGCUGCAGAAAGAGCACUGCUUGAUGCAUUGGAUGUGAUUCGGGAGAAUGAUACUGAUUGGUAUGAUCGAGUCAAGUACAUUAUCCCACAAGGGAUCCGUCAGUAUAAAGAAGAGGUAAAGAAUUAG